CACCGUCUCCUGCUAUAGCGGUCCCUUUCGUCGAUACCGGCUCCCUCCCCCCCCCCCGGGUGCCCAUCGUAUCGCGCCCGGCUUUCACAUGCUCGGCCUCAGCGGCCUGGGCUCAGCCCUUGUUCUCUCCCCGUUCUUACUCCCCGACGCGACGGCGCUCACAGCGCCCUCCGCUAAUCAGAGGCGACAUCUUCAGAACAUGGCCCGGAUGGCGAUGACGUCGCCCGCCGGCGAGACCCACAUGCGCCCGUCCACGCCGCCGAAGUCCGGCCCGGCCGAGCCGGCGGCCAACUUCGACUCGCUCAACGUCGCGCUCAAGCACCACGUGCCCAUCAGCACGUGUUGCAGCGGCGUGUACGGCAGCGACAUCUGGGGCUACACGUCGGCGGCCACCGGCAAGGAGUGGGCGCUCAUGUGCUACAUGACGGGCUUGAGCGCCGUCGACGUGCAGACGGCCGCCGUGGUCACCGCUCCGAGCUUCACGUCGCCGAGCAGCUCGUGGAAGGACGUCAAGGUCUUCGGCCAUCACGCGUACUAUGUCACCGAGGCGUUGGACCAGCCGGGCAUCGUCGUCUUCGACCUCUCGGGCCUGGACUCCGACCCACCGUCCAUCUCCGUCGGCCCCGCGGCCAUUGACAACGGCGGCGGGCCCGAAUCGAGCCACAACGUGGUGGUUGACGAGGUUAGCGGCUACCUGUACCGCGUCGGCGGCUGGAAUGACAACAAGAACGUGCGCAUGUACGACCUGAACGCCAACCCCGCCGCGCCGCAAUACAUUGGCAAGUUUGGGGAAGGCUACGUUCACGACGGACAGGUGACCACGUUCGCGUCGGGGCCGUACGCCGGCAAGCAGAUCUUCUUCGCGGCUAGAGCUCUGGGAUGGGGAUGGGGGGCGCGGCUGCAGAUCUGGGAUGUGACCGACAAGAGCGCGAUCGCCCUGCUCGGCAACGGCACUUGGCCCGGCGCUGUGUACUCGCACAACGUGUGGGUUGACAUCGGCACGAUGCGCGCGUACGUGGGCGACGAAUUAUUCUCAUACAGCUCAGGGGCGCCCACCACGAUCUUCGAGUUCAACGUCUCCGACCUGAGCAGUCCCUCAUUCCUCACUUCGUUCACCAACGGCGUCGGCGCCAUCUCGCACAACCACAUCUGCCGCAACGGCCGGUUGUACGUCGCCAACUAUGCCUCGGGCAUGCGCGUCUUCGACCUAAGCUCGCGCUCGGAGAUGGGCUACUUUGACACGUACCCCGACGGCGACGGCACGAAGAACUGGAACGGCGCGUGGGGGACCUACGUCUUCCCCGCGAGCGGCCUCGUCGUCGUGUCCGACCAGAACCGCGGCCUCUUCAUCCUCGAGGACUUGGGCAGCUCGGCACCUCACCCGUACUGCUGGGGUAUCCACAGCGGCGAGCAAGCGAGCGGUGACUUGUACUGCUACGAGAGUGCAUCAUCGUCGAGCUGGCAUGCCACCAUCUGCCCAGGGACAUGCACGUCAGACUACGACUCGAGCGUCUACAACAAGCAGGCGCCCGUGAGCGACCUGUCAUAUGCCGACAGCACGACGGGACGGCCGUGGGCCGAGUGCGGCCAAUACACAAGCCACACGUGGGGCGUCGACCUCGGGAGCGAGGUGUAUGUGCGCUACGUGCGGCUGCAGAACCGCAACGACUGCUGCGCGGAGCGGCUGACGGACGUCGACAUCUAUCUCGGCUCGACGGCGGAGACGUACACGGGCAACGCGCUGGUGAAGUCGGACGUGAGCGUGUCGUCGAACGUGAUGUUGGAGGUGGAGAUCAACGCGUUGGGGCGUUACAUCUACCUCAACCGGCCGUCUGCGGCGGGGCUGACGGUGUGCAAGUUCUACGACUCGAGCGUCUACAACAAGCAGGCGCCCGUGAGCGACCUGUCAUAUGCCGACAGCACGACGGGACGGCCGUGGGCCGAGUGCGGCCAAUACACAAGCCACACGUGGGGCGUCGACCUCGGGAGCGAGGUGUAUGUGCGCUACGUGCGGCUGCAGAACCGCAACGACUGCUGCGCGGAGCGGCUGACGGACGUCGACAUCUAUCUCGGCUCGACGGCGGAGACGUACACGGGCAACGCGCUGGUGAAGUCGGACGUGAGCGUGUCGUCGAACGUGAUGUUGGAGGUGGAGAUCAACGCGUUGGGGCGCUACAUCUACCUCAACCGGCCGUCUGCGGCGGGGCUGACGGUGUGCAAGUUCUACGACUCGAGCGUCUACAACAAGCAGGCGCCCGUGAGCGACCUGUCAUAUGCCGACAGCACGACGGGACGGCCGUGGGCCGAGUGCGGCCAAUACACAAGCCACACGUGGGGCGUCGACCUCGGGAGCGAGGUGUAUGUGCGCUACGUGCGGCUGCAGAACCGCAACGACUGCUGCGCGGAACGGCUGACGGACGUCGACAUCUAUCUCGGCUCGACGGCGGAGACGUACACGGGCAACGCGCUGGUGAAGUCGGACGUGAGCGUGUCGUCGAACGUGAUGUUGGAGGUGGAGAUCAACGCGUUGGGGCGCUACAUCUACCUCAACCGGCCGUCUGCGGCGGGGCUGACGGUGUGCAAGUUCUACGUUUACGGAUACGUGUGAAUGGAGAAUGGAAAUUGGAACCGUGGCCACGUGAAUGUGCAUGGUAUACAUAUGUAGUGUACAGAGCUGAACUCGUCGUGAGACGUGGACGAUGUGGAAUGUGAGUAGCGUUGACGCCUGUGGCGCAGAAAUGAUUUUUGUGAUUUUCGUUCAUUCGUAUUGGCUUGACUUG